AUGUCCAAACACCUGGCUCUAGAGAGAGUCCGAGCCAGUAUGGACUCUACUCGAACCCCAACUCCUUCUCGACCUGCAUCUAUCCUGACCAAAGAAAAAGGCGAAGACAUCAUCGUCGAAGUCACCGACAGCUGCUCAGUCCAAGAGGUGUACUCCGAAUGGGGUGCCUACACGGACGAACAUAACCCUGAGGGUCUCAGAACCGCCACAGAUUCCGACAAGGAUCUCAGACACAUUGCUGGACCGGUUGGAAAAAUGACCUACCUCUUGUCAAUUGUCGAGUUUGCCGAACGUGGCUCCUACUACGGCCUAGUCAAUGUCAUCUCAAACUACGUCCAGUUUCCCUUUCCUGAGGGAGGGAACGGAUGGGGAGCUUCACCAGUAGGCACUCAGCUGACUCCCGGAGCUCUAGGGAAGGGUCUCCAAAUUGCCACCGUCGUCACUCUCGUUUUGCAGUUUCUCUCCUACGUGGCUCCUCUCUGGGGAGCCUGGCUUGCCGACGCCCGAUACGGACGAUUCAACACCAUCUGGGCCGGCACCAUUGUGUGUGGAGUGGGUCACGUGAUAAUUGUGAUUGCUGGCUUCCCCGGUAUUAUCGAACACACCAACGCGUCUUUCGGUGUCUUCAUGGUCGGCCUGUUGGUCUUUGCUAUCGGAACUGGUCUGUUCAAACCCAACAUUCUACCUCUGCUGCUGGACCAGUACCGAGAAAAGGCAAAUUGGGUAAAGAAGCUGCCUUCUGGCGAAGAAGUAGUCAUUGACAGAGAUGCUACUCUGCAAAGAAUGACCCUGGUCUACUAUUGGGGCAUCAACAUUGGGGUCACUCUGGGUAUUGCUACAGCCUACUCUGAGAAAAGGGUUGGUUUCUGGCUCGCCUUUCUCAUCCCCACCAUCCUCUACUUUCUCUUGCCUCCUCUUCUUUGGUACGUUCGAAAGGAUGUCUACAAGGUCCCUCCCAGCAGAAGUUCUGUUCUCAGUGGCUUUUACGGAGUCUUGUAUCAAAGAAUUAUGCGCAAGCCACCCACCUACUCCGAGGAAUUUGUCUUUGACGUCAAUUCCACUCUUAAGGCCUGCAGAUUCUUCCUCUUCUUCCCCAUGUACUGGAUCAACGACGAGGGUAUUGGAGCCUUGUUCAAUUCUCAGGGUGCUUCCAUGCUCACCAAUGGCGUGCCCAACGAUCUCCUCAACAACUUCAAUCCCAUUACCAUCAUUGUAUGCAUCCCUAUUGUCGAUUAUAUCAUCUACCCCACGCUCCGACGGCUGAAAAUCAACUUCCGAGCCUCUUUCCGCAUGUUUCUGGGCUUCAUGCUGGCUGCUGCCUCUUCCGGGGCUGGUGCAAUCAUUCAAUGGCGUGUUUACGAAACGUCUCCUUGUGGAUAUUAUGCCACAGAGUGUCCCGAGGGGGUGUCUCAUAUCACCAUCUGGUGGCAGGUGGUUCCCUACUUUUUGGCUGCUGUCUCUGAGAUCUUUGCAGUGAUCACCUCUUACGAGCUGGCUUACUCCCUGUCUCCUGCUGGUCUCGAAUCCGUGGUCAUGUCGCUGCUGCUGUCCAUGUCAGCCGUCUCUACUGCCAUCAAGACCGCCAUCACUCCUGCUCUCAAGGACCCUGAUCUCAUCUGGCCCUUUGUAGGAAUUGCCUGCGGAGGAGUUGGCUUUGCCGUAGUGUUCUUGAUCUGUUUCUGGCGUCUAGGAAAGGACCAAGUGAGACCGUUAACUUAG